AUGGGGUUAUCGACAACCGAUAUGCGCGAAAUCAAGUCAACAAUCAUCAAUACCUUCAACGAAAAAUUUUUACAAGAAAUAGUGGGUAAAGUCGUACAACUGGUAGAAAAGCAGUUUGAAGAAAGACUUAACAGGAACGAGGAGGAAAUACAGACUCUUUGUGACAGGGUCGAGAAUUUGGAAAAGGAUAAUAGACGUCUUAUCAUAAAAAUGGACGAUCAAGAGCAAAUGGAGAGAUCCCAAAAUGUCAGAAUAUUUGGGCUGAAGGAAGAGGGAGCGGAAGAUUUGGGUAAUGUUAUAGUGGAUCUGUUUCAAAACAAACUGAAAGUAAACAUACAAGAAAAAGUUAUAGUCAAAUACCAUCGCAUACCAAACAAAAACUCAAAUAACAGUACGUCGGCCGUGCUGGUACGGUUCACCUCCAGCGAUUCACGGGCAUCGGUUUUGAAAAAUCGAAAACUGUUGAAAAACACCGGGAUUCGUAUAAAAGAAGAUCUGACUAAAUCGCGACUGAAGUUAUUUAAAAGAUGUAUUGAUUUGUUUACGAAAAACAAUGCGUGGAUUCUAAGAGGAAAUAUUUACGUAAAACAAAACAAUGAAGUUCAUCGAAUCGCCAGUGAUGAGGACCUACACAAAAUUAAUGUUUAA